UCUGCAAAUUGUCAAGCAAUGUCAAUAUGUAUGAACGUAGGGGUGUGUGGAGGGUUCCCUAGGCCUACGCGACUUAAGAUUUUGAGUGCGUUGUGAGGGUGAACUGCCUGCAAAUGGAUCCGCAAAUCGACCAUUCCUUGAUUAAGAAGGAAACAAUCCACCCUGGGAAGAAAUACAUUCCAUUAACACCGGGAACCAGGGUGAAAUUUCACUUCCAAACAAUAAAAUGCGAUGGAAGCACUACAAUCCUUGACGACAGUCGUAAAAUGGAGCAUCCUAUGGAGCUGGUGCUGGGCAAGAAAUUCAAGUUGGAAGUUUGGGAGGUGAUGGUUCAGAAAAUGGCACUGGACGAAGUGGCGAAGUUUACAGUGGACAAAUCGUUAGUUUCUCAGUAUCCUUUCAUUUCGAAAACUCUCCGUGAUGUUGGGAAGAAGCAUGAGGAGCGGAAACAUUGCUGCGGGAUGACGAUCCAAAACGAAGGCAUCGGCUACAAGGAUCUGGACGAAUUGUUCAAUAAUCCGUGCGAUCUUCAGUUUAUCUUUGAACUGAUAUCCAUCGAAUUGCCGGAUGAAUAUCAGAAGGAAUCAUGGCAACUGACUGACGAUGAGAAAUUGGUGGCCAUUCGCGAAUUGCGGGAUAAAGGAAAUACGUCCUACAAAGAGAAAAAUAUUCCCAAAGCUGAAGAAAGUUACAGACUAGCGUUAGGAAUGUUGGAGCAGCUUAUGUUGAAAGAAAAACCAAAUGAUGUUGACUGGCUUGAGUUGGCACAAAUGAAAGUUCCUUUCUUACUUAACUACGCCCAGUGUCGAUUACUGAGCAAAGACUACUAUCCAGUCAUAGAAUAUUGUACAGAAGUUUUAAAGUAUGACCCCGACAACGUUAAGGCUCUAUACCGUCGUGCCAAAGCCCACACUGGUGCAUGGAAUCCGGAGGAAGCGAAAAACGAUUAUAAAAGGUGCAUGGAAUUGGAUGCAUCUCUCAAGCAAUCCAUAACGAAAGAACUAAAUGCAUUGAAUGAGGAGAUAAAGAUUAGAGAUUUGGAAGAUAAAAUGAAAUUCCAAAAAAUGUUUUGAUUAAACACGAUGAUUGAUUUAGCAUAAGUAAUUAUUUAUUAUAUGUUGUAAUGUGCAAUGAACUUUUAGACGCCAUAAAUGUGUAUCCAAUAGAAAA